AAAGGGAAAACACAAAAUGGUCCAAAGUGGGUACACUUAGAGAGAGGCAUGAGGGGAGCAACGAAAGGGAUAAGGGUGAAAGCGAGAAGUACUACUUUCUACUACUAUAACUCCCAAUGAAUUAAAUUGCAAUUCCUUCCAAAAUAUUCCAUUGAACAGUACUCCUUUUGUUUUCUCGAAUUCCAACCCAUUCCUCUUCAGAAAUUUCCAAAAAGAAAAUAAGUAAAACCUACCCUCCAUUAUAUCCCCCCUGCAACUGCAAACCUCCCUUGUCAUACUCAUUCCCACUAUUAUUCAUCAGCUAAAGUUCUCUGAUUUCUCUGCAUCCUUAAAUACACCUACUUUCCUCUUCUUCCUUCUUUUUCUUCAAACCAUCAUCCCAAUACACUCUCUGCAAUUUCUCUUCUCUGUAAAAAUUUAUUUCAUCAAUAACCCUAGAGAAAAAGAUAGUUUAUUAUUAUUAUAAAAUACAAAAAGCUAAAUAAAAAAAAAACCCUACUCUUUUCUUUUUCUUUUUACUCAGAGUUUGUAAAGACCCAUGCAAAUCAUAAGGCACUCAUGAUCUAAUCAUACCAAGUUAUACCAUCACUCUUUUUCACCUUCUUCUUCUUCUCUCUCCUCAACUUCAUAUCCAAUUUAAACAUGGAUCUUUCCCUGCAAAUUAGCCCACCUUCAAUUUCUUCAAAUCAUUUUGAUACUAAGGAGCUCAUGAGAAAGCCUGUCAGCUUUUACAGUGAUCGGAGCUCCACCACCGCAGAGUCAGGCAGUAGUGCAGGCAGUGAUGUGAGUUACCAUAGUGAGGAGCCUGUGUUGAGCUUAGGGUUUGAUUACAUGGUUCAUUGUAAUAACGGAAUCAUUGGCUCUAACGUACCACUAGUUAGAGGACCAUUUAGUAGUUGUAGUAACAGUAAUUCAUACAAUCAUCCCCAUUACAACAUCCACCAGUUUAAUGAUCACCAGCCUCAAAUCUACGGCCAUGAUUUUAAGAGAAACUCGAGGUCCACGACUAUGAGUGGUGUUAAGAGGAGUGUUAGAGCUCCUAGAAUGAGAUGGACUUCUACUCUUCAUGCUCAUUUUGUUCAUGCUGUUCAGUUACUUGGAGGCCAUGAAAGAGCAACACCAAAAUCUGUGCUUGAGUUGAUGAAUGUCAAGGAUCUAACCCUAGCACAUGUGAAGAGUCACUUGCAGAUGUAUAGAACAGUGAAGAGCACUGACAAAGCAGCAUCAGCAUCCACAUUUUCAUCAUCAGGUCUAGCAUUAGAAGAACACAAUAUGGGCUCAACCCAAAGGUCAGGGAUGAUUGAUCAAGAAGUCAUAAUAGAUAGAGGCUUCUCUUGUGAAAAAGCUGAUUCCAACCCUUCUUAUUUUCCACCAACAUCAUUAGGAAAAACAAAUUUAGGCUCAUGCUUAUCAUCCUUAGAUGCAAAUGAGGGAACAAACUUGAACCACUUUUGUUCUCAUUCUUUCAAUGUCAAGGCGAAUGGUCGUGAUGGUGUAAUGAACUCAUCUAACAUGGAACAAGAGAGACUCGGAUUAGUUAUUGGCUGCUUUUCAUCAGCUGAUAGUUUGCUAAAUUUAGAGUUCACCUUAGGACGGCCAAGUCGACAAAUUGAUUAUGCCGACUCUCCUCAUGAAAUGACUCUUCUGAAGUGUUGAGAGUUUUUAUGCAUGAAAUGGCUAGAUUUAUAUCUAGUUAUUAUUAGUUGUUUUAUUUAACAUUUAGGUGAUUCGUCAAUGAACAAUAUAAUUUUGCUCACAAAA